UCUCGACAUGGCCGGCCUCAAAACCAUCAUCGCUCUUUCCUUUUCGUCGCGACCUACGUUAUUGCGCCCGUGCCUAACUGGAUCUGCUCACGCGCCCAAUCCUCGGACGACUUUAUGGAUGGAGGCAGCAGUGCCGUCGUCGAGCUUGGCCGCUUCAUCACCGGUUUCCUGGUCGUCAUGGGUGUUGGUAUGUCGUUCUGCCACAAUAUCGAAAGCCCUCAAACAACACACUUACACAAGUCCGUCNNAGCCCUCCCCGUCGUCCUUGCUCAUACCGGCCACAUCAACGUCCCUGCUGCCGCCAUGUCGAUAGCAGGUGGUCUCCUCAUCUACUCGACCAUCAUCAGCUUCUCGCUCUCCUUCCGCGAAGACGAAGAGUUUUAG